GUGCUGGGGAAGGUCAGAGGUCACGGUGCGUGAAGCGGGAGCCGCCAUUUUGUCUCCAUUUUCUUUUUGUGUUUUCCCCCCUUCUUGAGGCGGUCGCCGGGUCGGAGCCGAAGUCAUGGCGUACCGCGGGCAGGCGCAGAAAGUGCAGAAAGUGAUGGUGCAGCCCAUUAAUCUUAUUUUCAGGUACCUUCAGAAUAGAUCCAGGAUCCAAGUAUGGUUAUAUGAACAAGUCAACAUGAGGAUAGAAGGCUGUAUAAUUGGGUUUGAUGAAUAUAUGAACCUUGUUUUGGAUGAUGCAGAAGAAAUUCACAUGAAAUCAAAAUCAAGAAAACCGUUGGGUCGUGUUAUGCUGAAGGGGGACAACAUUACCUUAUUACAAAGUGUUCACAGUUAGAAAUGGAUUCACAGGAUCUUCAUUACCUACUUUCUAUGGAAACAUUAACACAAGCUGUUUGAUAGCAUUUUGGAUACUGUUCAUCAAUUGCAGAACCAGGAGCUUAUAUCUUUGUUUUGUAUCUCACUACAGUAAUUUCUGGAAUAAAAUAUUAUAACUGUC